CAAAGAAUAUAUCCUGACACCGAACGACACCGUCGCCAAGGAGAAGAUGAGCAGCAAAGUGACCUUCGCCUUCGACAACAACCCAUUGGGUGUCUAUCAAUCGGGUCAGGUAAUCUCCGGUACUGCCGAGCUCAUUACAGACCGUCCGAAAACCAUUCGAUCUAUCUUCAUAACCUUAAAUGGCUACGCUGAGACGCGCUGGCAGGAGACUGAGGAGCGGGUGGGCGAGGACGGAAAAACAACCAAGUCUCUGGUGACCCACACCACCACCGAGGUCUACUACAGCUUGGACCAAUAUGUCUAUGGCCAGAGUGCCGGCUCCCAAUUGGAGCUGCCGAAGGGAAAGUACGUCUUCCCGUUCCGGACCACCAUUCCGCCCAAUGCUCCGACUUCGUUCAACGGCACCCAUGGACAGGUCAAGCACGAGGUCACCCUGACUAUCGACCGUGCUGUGCGCUACAAUAACACCUUCAAGCAAUGCUUCACUGUGAUCCUGCCCCACGACUUGAAUAAACGGCAAGAGUACGCAGAACCUUUGAAACGCAUCGAGGAAAAAAGCUUUUGGUGGGGUUCUAUCUUCGGAGGCAAUAAACCUAUGGUUAUGGACGUGAGCACGUCCUACUCUGCCUACGUGCCUGGCCAGAAGAUUAACUUUCACCUUGUCCUGGACAACCAGUCUGAUGUUCAGUGUCAGGACGUCAAGGUGCGCCUUCUCAAGAACGUCUCCUAUCGGGCUAACUCUUCAGGGACCAAGGAACAGCUCAAGGUGACAGAAUCCCGGGUGGCGGACAAACACUGCGGAGAAGUGCUGAAGCACAACAAAGCCCGCUUCGACGAAUUCCUUGUGGUUCCGCCCACCACCCCGACUAGCCAAGGAGAAAGGGAUCCCAUUCGGGUCAGCUACACACUCCGUUUCAUUGCAAAGACAUUCCGUCUGCAUGGAGGUGGGGACUUGAUUGUCGACUUUCCACUGACUAUUGGAACCGUACCGAUAUCUGGUAGCGCUGCUGACAAGGGACCAGGACACACGGACAAAUCCCAAGCCAAUGGCAAUACCUACGCGGGCUCACCCAACUUUCAAGAAGAUGUUAGUGAGGAGCAAUUCGAAUCGAAUACUUUCAAGGCACGUUAUCCUGUUUAUCCUUUCGAUGGCAAACCGGGCGUCGCUUCCAAUGGAACUAAUGGAGCGGCUAACACUCCCAGUCUUUAUCCCAGAGCGGAAGAAUCUCAUCCUACCGCUCCAGCCCCCUUCACGCACAAUCCCGUGUCGCCGAUUGGUCCGAAAACAGCGCCGUAUCCGAUUCAUCCACCUGGUACCCAUAAAUCUCCACCGUACCCGACCAAUCCACCUGCUGGACCAGGUCCUGCCACAGGCGGAAACUUCGAGGUGCUAGGCUUCAGUAUUCCACCGGGCUAUCAACCCACCCCCAGUGCCCCAGCUGGUGCUCCCACAGCCGGAAUCGGUUGGAAAUAAUGCCCAAUACUGCCCACUAAAUAUAAG